AUGGGUUCUAAAGAAGAUGAUAACUCUGAAGGUAUACACUUGGAAGGUAUAAAUUUGGCUAGUUCAAAGGAUACUCAAUUAGAAACAGAUUCUGAUGAACUUUUUUCGCUAUUCAUUAAAGAAAUUGAUGAAGAAAAUAAACCUUACCAAAAAGUGAAUAGAAAUGGCUUUAAAAAAAUAGACGAAAUUUCAAAAUAUAUACAGAACGGAGAAUUUCAGGUUAACGGCGACUCUAAAUACUUAGAUACAAGUAAAGUUUUAAUUAAUACUGACUCCCUAGGCAGUGCUGAUGAGGAGAUAUUAAGAUUAACUUCUCGAGUAUUUGUGAAUAGUUUUGAAAUCUUGAAAUUACCAGUAAAUAGCUCUUAUGAGGCUAUUAGACGUCAAUACCGUAAAUUGUCACUACUUAUCCACCCUGAUAAAUGCUCUCACAAAUCUGCAAGAGAAGCCUUUGAUAUACUGAAUAGAGGCUAUGAAGAAUUGCAGAAGUCAGAAAGUCGUUUAAAAUAUAAGCAAGUAUGGAAGCAAGCCGAAGAAAUAGUCUUGAGAGAAAGAAAGAAACAAAUGAAAUUAAUGAGGAAAAAACAGCGGAAGGGGUUAAUAAGUAGAGAAGAAAUAGAAAUGGAAGAACAGUCCAAAAGUACAAAUGAACUUCAAAAGGAGAUCAUAGAUAUGUGUGAAAAAAUCUUGAAAGAAUAUGAAGAGAAAAGAGAAUAUAGUGAGAGAUGCAAAGCUGCUAAUGAACAAUUUGAACGACAAAGGUUAGAAGAAAUACACAAUGAAGAAAAGCGAAGGUGCAUACAAAGAAAACUUUGGAGUGCCUCUAUGGAUGAGCGAGUUGGGAAUUGGAGAGAAUAUAAGAGAGCUGUUGAAAAAGGUACAAUAAAACUAGAUACAUUUAAAGGUGUUAAGUUAAGUAGACAAGGUUAG